GCCUAUAAGUGGAAACAUUUAUUAAGCAGAAAAUAUAUGAUGUGAGAGUCAGAAGCUGGACUGCGUAACAUCCAGUUUUAAAAAUGUGUAUUUGUAUUUGAUUUGUAGUUCCACAUUUACGUGUAAAGUGAUCUUGAUUCUAGGUACAUUUCACUGUAUAGUCUAAGUGUAACCCCUACCCCCAGGUUUACUGUAUCAACCGUUUUACAGCAUUUAGGUCGUCAUUAAAAAGUAUUUAUUUCAGGAUGUUGAAUUUAAACUUACUAUUACAACAGGAUAUUAAGUGUUAUUAAAAUCUUAAUACAAUCUUAAAAACUUCAUACAAAGUGCAUAGGUCUUUAAUUUCCAGUUUGUAGCUUAUAUUGUUACUUUAUGAGGUGUUUAACUUCUAGCUGUUAAAAAUUGUGCCACAUUGUGAUAGGACUGUCAUUGUUAUGGGUUUAUCAGCCUUCAGAGUCCCAAAGAUUUAUUUUUAGUCAAGGAAACCUCCUGGACAUAUUUUUUAUGUACAGUUUUGAGUUUUGCCUCCAGGUUAUUCUACCCAAGACGUGAAUGUUUUCAGCCACUGCAAUUAACACUAAAGCACAAACAAAAUCAUAUGCUCUCUUCAGUACAACCCCAAACUAGUUGAUAAAUGCGGGCAACACCUGGAUGAAUGAGGGACUCCAUGGCCAAUUUAUUGUGAGUAAGAGCUUACAUACAGGUGUGGCUCAUGCAUUAAUUAAGCAAAUAACGGUCCAGCAUGGUUAGGGUCAUGUAUGAAAAUGCCAGACUGGCCUGGUUUCCUAUAAUUAUAGCUAGUAUGGCUGCAAAAGAAGACUUCAGUGACACUGACAGAGGAGUGAUCGCUGGGGUGGGUUUGGCUGGAGCUGAACUUGCGGCUGUUUUCCAAGCACUGCUGUCCAAGAUGAUGUUAGUAUGGAACUCUGAGGGAAAGACAUCAAUAGCAAAGAGCAACAGUGGGCAGACGUGCAUACUCCAGGAUCAUGAUAUCCAAACGUUAAGUCGAAGUGCGAUGCAAAGAGGGAGACGUCCCAUGGGAUGACAGGGACUUUCGUCUGUAUUUCAUGGGAGGAGCAGCAUUUUGGGCUGUUUUUGCCUACUACUUUUUCUUCAGAAAUGCAGGCAGGGAGGUCACCUGGAAAGAUUUUGUCAAUAAUUAUCUCUCAAAGGGUGUUGUUGACAGACUAGAAGUCAUAAACAAGCGCUAUGUGAGAGUGAUAUUUUCCCCUGGCAAACUACCAGUUGAUGGGCAAUAUGUGUGGUUCAACAUUGGCAGCGUGGACACGUUUGAACGGAACCUGGAGACAGCGCAGCUGGAGAUGGGUAUUGAGGGGGAGAACAAGCUGCCUGUGGUCUAUUCUACUGAGAGCGAUGGCUCCUUCCUGCUCAGCAUGCUGCCCACGGUGCUCAUCAUUGGCUUCCUGCUGUACACGGUGCGAAGGGGCCCCGCCGGGGGCGGGCGGUCAGGCCGCGGGAUGGGAGGCCUCUUCAGCGUGGGGGAGACCACCGCCAAGGUUUUGAGGGAUGAGAUCGAUGUCAAGUUCAAAGACGUUGCGGGGUGUGAAGAGGCGAAGCUCGAGAUCAUGGAGUUCGUGAAUUUCCUGAAGAACCCCAAACAGUACCAAGACUUAGGGGCCAAAAUCCCCAAGGGUGCUAUUCUGACGGGACCUCCAGGCACAGGAAAGACUCUCUUGGCAAAAGCAACAGCCGGGGAGGCAAAUGUGCCUUUCAUCACCGUUAAUGGGUCAGAGUUCCUAGAGAUGUUUGUGGGUGUAGGGCCAGCACGGGUUCGAGACCUCUUUGUGUUGGCCCGCAAGAAUGCCCCGUGCAUCCUCUUUAUUGAUGAAAUUGAUGCAGUGGGUCGAAAGAGAGGCAGGGGAAAUUUCGGAGGACAGAGCGAGCAGGAGAAUACUCUGAAUCAGCUGCUGGUGGAAAUGGAUGGAUUUAACACUACAACAAAUGUGGUAGUGUUGGCAGGAACGAACAGACCAGACAUUCUAGAUCCUGCCCUUCUGCGGCCUGGACGUUUUGACAGACAGAUAUUUAUUGGGCCCCCAGAUAUCAAAGGCAGGGCUUCCAUUUUCAAAGUCCAUCUGCGUCCUCUGAAAUUGGACCUGUCCCUAGAUAAGGAAGGCCUAGCCAGGAAAAUGGCAGCAUUAACGCCAGGGUUUUCAGGGGCAGACAUUGCUAAUGUUUGCAAUGAAGCUGCAUUAAUUGCUGCAAGGCACCUCUCUGAUUCUAUCAACCAGAAGCACUUUGAACAGGCUAUUGAGCGUGUGAUAGGAGGUCUUGAAAAAAAGACACAAGUCCUUCAGCCAGAGGAGAAGAAGACUGUUGCAUAUCAUGAAGCUGGACAUGCAGUAGCAGGCUGGUAUUUAGAGCAUGCUGAUCCUCUUUUAAAGGUAUCCAUCAUUCCUCGUGGAAAGGGAUUGGGUUACGCCCAGUACUUACCCAAAGAACAGUACCUGUAUACUAAAGAGCAGCUUCUAGACCGAAUGUGCAUGACUCUGGGAGGGAGAGUGGCGGAGGAGAUCUUUUUUGGAAGAAUAACAACAGGGGCUCAGGACGACUUGAGGAAGGUCACUCAGAGUGCUUACGCACAGAUCGUUCAGUUUGGGAUGAACGAGAAGGUGGGACAGGUGUCUUUCGAUCUCCCUCGUCAGGGAGAGAUGGUGUUGGAGAAGCCCUACAGUGAAGCCACCGCCAGACUCAUUGACACCGAGGUUCGGCUCCUCAUAAACACAGCUUAUGAGCUGACCCAGAAACUGCUGUCGGAGAAGAAAGCUGAAGUUGAAAAGGUGGCACUUCGCCUGUUGGAAAAAGAAGUCCUUGAUAAGAAUGACAUGGUGGAGCUGUUGGGUCCGAGGCCCUUUGCCGAGAAAUCUACUUAUGAGGAGUUUGUGGAGGGCACUGGAGGUCUUGAUGAGGACACUACCCUUCCCGAAGGGCUAAAGGAUUGGAACAAGGACCGAGAGAAAGAGAAAGAGGAGAGCACAGAAGAACAAAUUGCAAGGCAGAUCACUGGAGGAAUGCCUUUCUGAGUUUUAGUGCAUUAUCAUAAAGGUUCCUGGCCACUGGCUUCACCAGUGCUCAGAAAGCAGCAAGAAACAUAACAUUUCACACACCAUCUGAUAUAAUGUGGUUAUGUUCUUCAGCUUUAAAGAUCUUUAUAGAAGUAUGAACUAUCCAAGACGCAGUUUUCAAAUGUAUCUUUGCAAUCUCAGUAUCAAUCCUGCUUCUGUGAAGUGGAGGAUGAUGUAAAAAAACAAAAUAAAAGACAGGAAUUCAAGGGUUUGAUUAAAUUAUACUAAGUGGAGUGCCAUCAGCUAUCUUGCUGGUUUUCACAUUUGUGAUUGUUUAGUGUAUUUUUCUUGUUUCUCCGACCUACCAUACAUCUCACCAAAGAAAAAAAAAAUAAUUUUGUCGAAUAAUAAAAGCUAAUUUUAUUGCAA